AUAAGUAAAAAUGGUUCAUUUCUGUGCAGCGUCUUUCAUCCAGGUAGGAAUUUUAUUAAUUUUGACCUGUUUGGCUACAGGUUCUACUGUUACUAAUAUCGUUGCACUGAAAGAACUGAGAGAAUUAAAAUUAGAAUUUAAAGAAUUGGGGAAAAAACUAGAGACAAAAGUUUAUCAACUGGAAGAAAAAAAUUUGGGACUUGAAGAGAAAGUAACGCAGCUGGAAGCCAAAAAUGUCCAACUGGAGACCAAAGUACAAAAUCAAGAAAUUCUUUUAGCUUCCCUAUUGCUUCAGUUCAGCAAUCAAGCAGACACACCAAUUGAUUCUAAAGCAAUUUCAAAUUACCAAACCGAAACUAAAUCAUCGAGUAGGGCCGGAAUCACGAGAACAUGCCAAGAACUCCGCGCGGACAAUCCUUCACUUCCAUCCGGAAUGCAAUGGAUCGAUCCGGACGGCCAAGGGGUCGGCGAUAACCCGAUCUACGUUUACUGUGACAUGACGACAGGAUCGACUUCAAUUCUACACGACAGUGAAUCAGCCAUUAACGUGGGUCACUGCGCUGAUCCUGGGUGUUAUUCGAGAUACAUCAAUUACAACGCGUCCAUGGGGCAAAUAAAAUCGUUGGCCGAAUUGUCUGCCGAGUGUCAUCAGUCAAUUCAAUACGAUUGUUAUUACGCCCCGUUCGAGUUAAAUGGCUACGCUUACUCCUGGUGGAAUGACAGAGACGGAAAAUCACAAUACUUUUGGUCCGGAAAUAACGCAGCCGGAAUUCACACCUGUCAGUGCGGAAUUGACGGAAAUUGUGUUGAUUCUAUUGCAAAGUGCAACUGUGACUCAGUGGCUCCAGUUCAAUUAGUCGAUAACGGUGUCAUUACGGACAAAAAUGUCCUGCCCGUCACCCGCUUGAAUUUUGGCCGAACUCAACUGGAAACUUCGUCGGGCAUCCACACGCUUGGUCGAUUGGUGUGUACCGGAUCAGUCGCCCUGACUAGAAUGCCCACGUCAUGUAAGGAUCUUUGGUUAAUUGGCCACACCCUGAAUGGAUUUUAUUCCAUUAUGGGAUCUACGACGAUGGAAUCCGUUUACUGCGAUUUCACCAAAGUUCCUGGCGAUGACGGUUUCGAGAAAUGGAUUGGAUACGCUGAUGUCAAAUCAGCGCCCGCCCAUUUCUACGUUCAGAGAAGUUCUUCAUUCAACACGGAGUUGGUUCCAAUUCCCUUUGAUGUGGCGCGGAUAAACGUGGGAAAUGCCUUUAACUUAACAACAGGAAAAUUCACGGCCCCACGAUCAGGAGUUUAUUCUUUCGCUUUUACUGGAUCGGUUGAACUUCCGGCUACAACGUCUCUAGUUCGCUUGCAAAUCAUUCUUUAUCUGAACGGGAAUGGAGUAGGGAUUGCUUAUCUCGAAGAGGGAAACACCGUCGCUUUUCAAAAUGAUCAGUUGUCCCUCCAGUCGACGCUGAAAUUGAAAUCAGGUGAUCAAGUUUGGGUUCAGAUUCAACAAAUCUUACCAGGGGUGUAUUUGGCUGACAACGGUGACCACUACACUCAUUUCACCGGUUUUAUGUUGGAGGAAGAUAUUGCCUCGUCUCUUUGAAAAUUUCAGCUGAAGGAACAUCCAAAAUGCGAAAAUCGACCAUGGACUGAAUUUUGACCCGAUUAUUGAAAAAUAUAUUACGACUUUUACGAGUGGUAGAAAAUAAUUUGAUAUUAAUUAAUAAAGGAAUGGUAAUUUGCUGGAGUAGGAUUUUUUUUUAAUAAGUAAAAGGGAAGGAAGUU